AUGGGGGCGUACGGCAUCGCCUGCAGCUUCCUCAACGAGGAGACGAAUGAGAAGGUGUCCAUUAAGAAGUGCCGCGACGUGUUCCGCGACCUCGACGACGGCAAGCGGGUGCUGCGCGAGGUGGCGAUGAUGCGCUUCUUUAACCAUGAAAAUCUGCUGCACAUCAUGGAAAUCCUGCCGCCGAUGAGGAGCUACGAGGAGUUCCGCGAUGUGUACAUUGUGACGCCGCUGAAGGACGUGGACAUGAAUGUUGUGCUGCGCUCGCGGCAGGUGCUGGAGGAGACGCAUGUGCGGUACUUCGUGUACCAGAUCCUUCGCGGGCUGAAGUACCUGCAUAGCGCCGGGGUCGCCCACCGCGACCUGAAGCCUGCCAACCUCGUCACUGACAUCUCGUGCGAGUUGAAAAUCAUCGACUUCGGCCUCUCGCGCACUGUGACGGUGCCGUACUAUGAGCUGACGGAUUACGUCAUCACGCGCUGGUACCGCCCGCCGGAGUUGCUGCUGGAGAACAACUACUACAACACUGCGGUGGAUAUCUGGUCUGUAGGCUGCAUCAUGGCGGAGAUGUACAACCGCAGGCCGGUGCUGCCCGGCCGCAACACGAUGGAUCAGCUGCGGCUCAUCUGCACCCAUAUCGGCAAGCCGCCGCGGGAGAUGGUCGAAAACGCCGAGGCGCUGGAGAAGCUGCAGGGCCUGCCGGACGGGACGUUGGACAUGAGCCGGCUGGUGCCGGGCCUGACUAACCCCGACGGCAUUGACUUCCUGACGAAAAUGUGGGAACUCAAUCCACACAAGCGGAUGUCGGCGAAGGAGCUGUUGCGACAUCCCUUCAUGGCCUCGCUGCACGACGAGGAGGACGAGCCGGAGUGCCCACAACUCUUCUCGUGGCCGUACGAGAUGCAGGGGAUGAACGUGCACACCCUGCGGCGGGCGUUUUGGAAGGAGAUAUGCGCAUAUAACCCUCACCUGCGGAGCCAGAUGCCCCACUCUUCUGAAACUGUUUGA